AUGGCUUCCGAUCAUACCAAUUCACCCUCGGCUUUACUACUUCUUCCCCCGCCUUCGGCCUUUUCGUUUGCUCAAGUCAAAGAUGCCUUUGAGCCAUCCUUAGUGGAUGUCUAUGCUAGGCUCUCAAAGGCCUUAGAUGGAUCCAACCGUACAGCUCUGCUGGAUAUUGCCCUGGCCAUUCCUGAUCUACUGUCUCCAAGCUGCAAACCUCGGGCCAGAGUGUUUGCACAACUCCAGCAUUACUUGACAAGCGUCUAUACCCUGGUUGGUGCUGUCUGUGCAACACAAAACAUUGAAUUGGAUUCUCCAGGUGGCAUUGAUACCCGGGUGGUAUUUGUCGAUGCAGGCGAGAAUACCUCGGCCGUUCAGACCUCUGAUAACUCUCGGUUUGGGCCCAUCCUGCACUUGCAGUCACUCGCAAAUUCGGGACGCCGUUGGGAUUCUAUUUACUACUUGUCCAACACCAUCGGCAAGGAUUUGGCCAAUUCUUUCACCAACAGUGUUGGCAGCCAGGGUCGGGACGGCGCGGCGGCAAGCAUGCAAGCCAUCACAAGUAAUGCUGACUGGGCGAUACCGCAACCCCUGUUAAUUCCUGAUGAUCAAGAACCAUCCAUCCCACACUCUUCUGUGGUGGUAGGUGGCACAUUUGAUCACCUUCAUGUUGGUCACAAGCUUCUACUCACAGCAGUUGCACUGGUCCUAGAACCGCUCGGCCGGGAGCAGGAGGGCCGCCUGACCAUCGGGGUGACCGGGGAUGCACUAUUGGUCAACAAGAAAUAUGCCGAAUUCCUCGAAAGCUGGGAGGAGCGUUGGCAGAAUACUGCAGGUUUCCUGACAGCUAUCAUGGACUUCUCGCCGGAGGAGAAACCACCGCUCAUUGAACGCGCUUUUGCGCCAGGUCCCAAUGGCAAGACUGUUCUAACCAAGAUCCAACCCAACCUAUCGUUUGAAUUUGUGGAGAUCUCUGAUCCAUUUGGGCCCACAAUCACGGAGGAGAACCUCGGCGCCAUCGUUGUCUCCAAGGAGACACACUCAGGAGGGGCAGCUGUGAACGAGGAGCGGGUGAAGAAAGGUUGGAAGGGCCUUGCCGUAUUCGAGGUGGAUGUACUCCAGUCCGGAGAGGCAGAAGCUAUGGGGACUGACGUCCAAGGGUUUGAGGCCAAGAUCAGCAGCACGGAUAUCAGACGUCGCCAAGUGCAUCUGGCAAAGGUCUGA